GCGACAGCAUUAAAUACAACGGCGGUCGACCCGAGCAGCAGCAGCAAACGAACCAAACCACGUGUUUGCACAACCACCUGCCCGCACUGUCAUCAUGAGCGAGGUGGCCGUCCUCAGUCGAGCUGUGCCCACGAGCGAUGGCAAGGGCAUCAGCAUCAAUGUGUGGAACCAAUCCAACGGAUCAUACCUGAAGGUGUUCCUGUCGGGACUGUGCGCGCCACGCACAGUCGUGCCCUUGAAGCAGUUCCUUGUGGCCUCACAAGCUGAGAAAGGUGCAAUCAUCUUCUGGAGAUGGAAUCAGGACAAGCCUGUGAUUAGGAUCCCGAUGUCCGAGCGCAUCACUGGUCUGGCCUGUACACAAAAUGCACAGCUGUGCUUUGGAGGCUCUGCUCAAGGCACCUUGUUCGUCUGGCAGAUCACCACGGGAAAGCUGUUGUGUCGCAUCAACGCUGCACAUUACAGGGGCAUCAGCCAAUGCAGCCUGACAUCGGAUGACUCUCACCUCGUCACUGCAGGCGAGGACGGCAUCGUUCGCGUCUGGUCCGUCGCCAGCCUGGUGAGCGCGGCGCCUGCGAAUCGAGGGCAGUCGAUGCUGGCGCAGACAAAGAAACCGCUGCACACCCUCCACAAACACACGCUCGCCGUCUCCUCCAUGUGCAUCAGCAAAACACUUUGCUCACUUGCGCGUGUGUUCACUGGCGGCCAUGACCGCGCCUGUCACAUCUGGGAGCUGUCGACUGGGGAGCUGCUCGGAUCGCUGACGUUUGAGGACGAGGUGACGUCGCUCGCCCUCGAUCCCGCUGAGACGUUUCUCUACGUCGGUCUCGCAAACGGCGUCAUCCACCGUAUCUGCCUCCAUGACACGAGCAUCGAGGCGAGCACGGGUCUGCUGCUUGCGGAAUCGCAACAGAAAGUGGCUGCACACCAAGCUGCCGUCGCAUCACUGGCCAUCACCCACGAUGCAACGGCUCUCGUCAGCUGCGGCGCCGACGGGAUGCUGCGCGUGUGGGACACGGCGUCGUUUCAGGCAACGCGGACAGUGGCGGGGUCAGACACGUUCAACAACGUCGUGCUUGUGCCAAAACUCGUCCUGGACCAACCGGCGCGGCAAGAUCCCGUGCGUGUGUUUGGCCGCGAAGUUCGUCCGUUUAUCGAGGCAACGACGGCGUCUGAGAAGAUGCCAACUGUGCCCGUCGCCCUGCCGGCCAGAAUGCAGACGUCCCGCGAUGAGCACAUGCAUGCGGCGGCGCAUCGGCACGUGAACGCAACGGGGCGCGGAAGGACACACGCACACGACAGCAGCGACAAAGACGUGGAGAACGUCGGUGAGAGUGAGGGCAAGGCUGGCGGGGCCAAGCAGCAAGGUGGCGGGCAAACACAGAAGGCGAAGAAGGGAAAGAAGGGUGGUCACAAGGGCAAGAGCAACGCUACCAACCAGAGCAAAGGCAAUGCUACCACAGACACUGCCAAGGACACCGACACAACCAACACCAGCACCAGCGCGAAAGAGGCAGCACCAGCGGAACAGACGCAGACGCAUGGUGACGGGACACAGUCAAGCAACACAACGAAGCAGGAGGUGAACACGAAGCAACCCCAGAAGAGCAAAACCACAAGCACUGACGCCAUUGCCCGUGCUCGUCAGGCGAUUGCGGCGGCGCGAGCGAACGGCGAUGGCGAUGAGCAGCAGAGCAAACGCGCCAAGUCUGCCGGCGACACCACAGCAACACCCCCGAGCGCAGGGAAGGGCAAGGGAAAGCGGCGACGGAAGAAGAACAAGGGCAAGGCAGGGAAGUAGUGGGGUGGUGCGUAAUGGUUGUGAUGAUCCCGACUUCACAUUGUUCUUCAUGUGGUAAGUCCGUGUUGUUGAUUGCAUUCAUGCCUUUUGUUUGGAAACAGAGCCGUGAUUCUAUUGUGGCCGAACCAAAACAUCCAUGCACGAAACCCAAUGACAAG